AUGAAAAUUGGUGCUACCGACUUUAUCGCCAAGCCUUGGCAGAACGAGAAGCUUGUUGCCACUUUGUCCGCCAGCGUCAAAUUACACCGCUCGCGCCGAGAAGCGAGCGCUCUGAAAAAAACUAAUACAGCCCUGAUGGAAGUGGCCAGUAACACCCGGCAACCGAUGCUCGGCGAAUCCACCGCGAUGCAGGAGGUACAACAUCUGAUCGAGCGUACCGCGCCCACUCAGGCCAAUGUCCUUAUUCUUGGUGAAAAUGGUACGGGUAAAGAGCUCGCCGCUCGCGCAUUACACAACCAAUCAGCGAGACGUGAGCACGUGUUUGUGACCGUCGAUUUGGGCGCUAUUUCUGAAACCUUGUUUGAAUCUGAGCUGUUUGGACAUGUUAAAGGCUCUUUUACCGAUGCUAAAUCUGAUCGGAUCGGCCGCUUACAAGCGGCCCGUGGCGGCACCUUGUUUCUGGACGAAAUUGGUAAUUUGCCUUUGCACUUGCAGGCCAAGCUGCUGUCGGUAUUGGAGCAGAAGCAGGUAGUACCGGUGGGGGCUAGUAAACCGGUAGAUAUCGAUAUCAGGAUCAUUGCCGCAACGAACGUACCGCGUGAACAACUCACCGAUGAACAGCGCUUUCGUCAGGACCUCCUCUUUCGCCUGAAUACAGUUGAAAUUAUUAUGCCGCCCCUGCGAGAACGUCGUGAAGACAUAUCGGCAAUCGCUGUUUACUACGCGGACCUGUAUACCCGUAAAUAUGGCAGGCAAAGCAAGCGAUUUUCGUCCGCGGCACUGGCUGCGCUGACAGAGUAUGACUGGCCUGGCAAUGUGCGUGCUUUGCGACACGCUUUGGAGCGAGCGGUAAUUCUGUCUGAGGCUGAUGAGUUUGUGCCUGAAGAUUUCAGCUUACCCCAGAUAGAGCGCACCAGGGUGAAAAGUGAUCGGCUGGAAAACCUGUCGUCAGACGCCUCCGUAUUAAACAAUGACCUUAAUCUGGAAGCGCUCGAACGAAAAGCAGUUCAGGCUGCGCUUACCCGCAACCGUUAUAACAUUUCACAUGCGGCAAAAGACCUGGGUUUGACCCGCUUUCUGCUCGUGACACCUGAUUACCCCGUAGUAAUGCUGUUAGUACUGGUUAGUGCUGUUGCGCUGUCUUUGGAGUUGUACAAAUUUAUUGCCAAAACAAAUCGUGAGAUUGCACGGUUUCUGGACGCGGCGCGCUAUGCUGACUUUGGUCAGCGUUUCGAAUUUGUUGGUCUAGGUGCGGGUUUUACAGAGCUUGGUGACACCUUUACUUUCAUUCUGGAUCGCUUUCGUGAAGACCGUAGCCAGAACGAGACCGAGGUGCGUCAAUUGAAGGCGAUGCUUGAACAUGUGCCGGUACCGUUGCUGUCCGUUGGCCGCGAUAACCAGUUGACCUUAUGGAACAAUGCGGCACGUCGUUUAUUCGGUCGAUUUAAUCUAACCCAGGUAGAAGACCUGAACCGCUUCGGCAAAGACAUUCCGGAACGCAUACUGCUUGCGGAGCCUGGGUCGCGGAUGUUGCUGACUCUGAACUUCGAUGGGCAUGACCAGACCUUCAGCAUCGGUACCAGCGAAAUUGCGAUGCCAACACAAACAUUGCAGCUCCUGAGUUUGCAGAAUAUCCAAAGUGAAUUGGAUGUGACCCAGCUACAAGCCUGGCAGGAUCUAGUGAGAGUAUUGACCCAUGAAAUAAUGAAUUCCAUCACCCCCGUGUCGUCGCUGGCCAGAACCGCUGUUGAUCUGGUAGAUGAUGUGAGUCAUAAGGUGGCCAAUGACGAAUUGAUUGCAGAGUUAACAGAUGUCAAAGAUGCUGUGAAUACGGUGGCGAGACGCGCAGAUGGACUGAUGAACUUUGUUUCAAGCUACCGCCGCCUGACCCGCCUGCCAGAGCCGAACAAAAGCAGAUUCCCCGUAGACGAUCUGUUGACCGAUGUGAGGCGUAUUGUGCUUGCGCAAGGCUCGGACCAGGAUGUUGAAAUUCUGAUCAGCGUUACACCCCAGAGUCUGGAAUUGUAUGCGGACCGACAGAUGAUCGAACAGGUGCUGAUCAAUCUGGCACAGAAUGCCCUGUAUGCAGUUGAGCACGUUGACCAACCCAAAGUUGAGCUGCGAGGCACUCUCAGUCAAAGCGGGCAAGUGACCAUCGAGGUUUUAGAUAAUGGCCAGGGUAUUGCUGCAGAUGUCGCGGUGAAGAUUUUUGUACCCUUUUUUACCACUCGAAAAAAUGGCAGUGGUGUAGGUCUUGCUUUGAGUCGGCAGAUCAUGAUCGCCAACGAAGGUAGUCCCGGUUCGACACAGGAUGAUACCGCAGCCGCACUGGCUGAGAUGGAAAGCGUCCGCGUAUUCGCACGCAGCGAUGAGACUUUCGAAGACCAUUUGACUCAUUGUGAAUAUGUCCUUCAAUCAGAGCCGCAUUUGAUAGCCGACAAUGGUGCGGACCUGCAUCACCUGAUUUAUUCCCGAGAUGAAUAUCGGCAUCUCAGCGAGUCGCUUAUUGGUGCAACCGAGGAAACAACAACAGGGACAACUCGCCUGAGAGAAUCGAUAAGGUGCAAAGACUUUCCGACCCUCAGCAUCAAUGACACUUUGACCAAAAGAAUCGUAGAGAACCGCUUUGGUGUAGGAAGCUCGGUAGUAGAUGGUUUAAUGCGAGCAACCAAUGUGAUGUUGCAUGGCAAGAAUGUGUUGGUGAUCGGCUACGGAUACUGCGGGGCGGGCUUGGCGCAGAGAUUGCGGGGUAUGGGCGCUCAUGUAACUGUUGUUGAGCAAGAACCAUUGUCAUUGCUUGAAGCGCAUCUGGAAGGGUUCUGCACCUCAACGCUUGAAGAUUCUGUGGCUGCCGCUCAAAUGAUUAUCACCGUUACAGGCUACGACAACAUUCUCCAACGAGAGCACUUCGAUGCGAUGCGUUCUGGAGUGAUCAUUGCCAACGCCGGCCACUUUGCCUCUGAAAUCGACAUUCCAGCGCUUGAAGACAUGGCCGCAUCAACCAGAGAAGUUCGGGGUGAUGUCACUGAGUAUGUGCUACCGGAUGACCGGAAAAUAUUUCUAGUUUCACAUGGCAACCUUGUCAAUCUCUCCGCUGGAGAUGGAAACCCAAUUGAGAUAAUGGACUUGGGCCUGGCCCUGCAAUCAAUGAGUCUUCACUUUCUUGCACGCGACGGAAAGUCUUUAUCGAACGGAGUACAACCUGUACCACGUGAUAUCGAACGCCUGGUGGCGGAACGCACGUUGCUCACAACAGCAAUGCUUACAGCCAGCGCACAGGACAUUGCUAUUUUAAACGGGCGUGUGAUGGACCCGGAAACAGGCCUGGAUGCGAUACGACAUAUCCUGGUGAGAGAGGGUCGAAUCCACAGCAUCAGCGAGGACCCUCCAAGCGCGGCUUUGAGCAUAGAUGCUGCCGGACUGGUGGUAGCGCCCGGUUUCAUUGACCUGCAUGCCCAUGGCCAGGACUUGCCCAGCAACCGUUUUCAGGCGGGCGACGGUGUGACCACGGCUCUGGAAUUAGAAAUUGGCGCCUGGCCGGUUGAACGCUACUACGAGCAACGUAAAGAUAAAGCCCUGCUGAACUAUGGCGCUACGGUGAGUCACGUAGCGGCUCGUCAUGCUGCGGUCGAAGGUGAGAAAGAUAUUGGAGGUAGCUGGUCGGGUUUCCUGCAGGAGUCUUUUGCUACCGAAUCAGCCCGUCGUGAACUGUCGCCCAAAGAAGUUGAUAAUACCCUUGCUCUCAUGCGUGGCGGAAUGCAUCAGGGUGCCCUUGGUUUUGGGUUCGGUAUCACCUAUACACCGGGGGCCGGGCACGAAGAGAUUUUUCAAGCCUUCAACACCGCAGCUACACUAGAAGCGCCUGUUUUUGUGCACGUUAGAGCAGCAAGCCGCAUGGGCGGAGAUCGACUUGCGCCUGUCCAGGAAGUCAUCGCUAAUGCGGUUGCUACCCGGGCUUCUCUGCAUAUUGUCCAUUUAAAUUCCAGCACCGAUAAGUCCGCCAUGACCGCGCUGGAAAUGAUCAGAGGCGCAAGACGUGCCGGCUUGGAUAUCACUACUGAAGCUUAUCCAUAUACGGCGGGGUCAACCCUCAUCGAGAGUGCUCUGUUCGACGAUUGGCAGGCGGACUACAGCCUUCUGCAAUGGGCAAAAACGGGCGAACGACUGACUCGCGAAUCUUUCGAUGCCUACCGCAAGACAGGCGGCGCGGUCAUCAUCCACGGCAGGUCCGAGGAGGCCAAUGCCUGGCUGAUCAGGCAGCCGGAUGUCAUCAUCGCAUCAGACGGUAUUUCAUUUGCCAACGGUGCAUCUCACCCGCGCGGAGCGGGUACGUAUGCAAAAACGCUGGGGCACUAUGUCAGAGAAAGCGAGGCACUUGAUCUGAUGUUAGCGCUUGAAAAGAUGACAUUGCUCCCUGCACGUCGUCUCGAAGCCAUUGCGCCAGAGAUGAAAAGAAAAGGCAGGGUUCAGGUGGGUGCUGAUGCGGAUCUGACGGUGUUUGAUCCUAACCUGAUUAUUGACAAAGCAACCUACACAGAUUCAAUGCAACUUUCUGACGGCAUAAAACAUGUGUUAGUUAAUGGUGUGUUUGUGUUGCGUGAUGCAGAACUUGUGGAGGGUGUCUUUCCUGGUCAGCCUGUGUACGGGUUGUUGCAAAGGCCUGGGGAGUUGUCCCGCAGUUUGCCCGAGGACCGUCAGCUGCGCAUCUUCGGCGAAAAGACUUGCAACGCCUUCUGCAUCUGGCCGGUCACGAAAGUAGGUGUAGCCCACAACCUGCCCCACAUCAUCCGGAUCAAGCGAGAGAUACAGCGCAUUUGCGGCAUCAUUAUCCGCUUCGGUACCCAGCCAGACUUCCUCGCAGUCCGCUUCCUCCGCCAACUCGAUCAGCUUCAGCAUGAUGGCUUUGCCCACACCUUUCUGACGAUGGUCAGCACAGACGUCAACUUCAUCAACAUAGAGCCAGCGUUCUUUACCAUAAGGUUUGAUUUCAAAGCGACACGAUGCCAUGCCAACAAAUAUAUGUCGCGACCCAACCACCUCGUGGCAGGCUACAAAGAGCGUAUCCUGAUGUUCAAGAUAAGCACGCAAAUUCGUAUCACGGGCUUUACCGAAAAGUCCAACUACAGCGCGCAGCUGCAGCGCCUGGGCAUGGUACCUGGCACAUUGGUCACCAUCCUGCGCAGUGCGCCACUUGGUGAUCCCAUCGAACUGCGACUACGCGGCUAUUCCCUGGCGAUAAGUGUCACCGUCGAACGGAAAAGUGGCACCUACGCCACCGCAAGCGGUGACCUGGAGCUUAUCGACUUACCCGGCACCUACAGCCUCGAUCCCAUUGCCGGCGGGCUUGAUGAAAAAAUUGCGCGGGAUUAUCUGGCCAGCGGCGAUGCUGAUAUGGCCAUCAAUAUUACCGACGGCUCCAGUUUAAGCCGAAGCCUGUAUCUCACCAGCGAGCUUCACGAUCUCAACAUACCCACGGUUGUGGUUAUCAAUAUGUUGGACGUUGCGCGCUCACAAGGCACACAAAUCGACUUCGAUGUUCUCGCUCAAGCCCUUGGCUGUCCCGUGGUGCCACUCAUCGCAACCCGCCGGGAAGGCUUAGACGAACUCAACAACGCCAUCGGACACGCUGCUCCUGUUGCCGACUUCGCCAGCGGCGACGACGUCAACCGCUAUGCAGAGAUCGACAAGCUUAUCGAAAGCUGUACUCACUUUGACAAGGCAACACAAAGCGGCUGGACGCAAGCCAUUGAUCAGGUGGUCCUGAACCGGUUUGCGGCCUUCCCUGUUUUCCUUGGCGUGAUGUAUCUGAUGUUCCUGAUCUCCAUCAACAUCGGUUCAGCAUUUAUCGACUUUUUCGAUCUUGUGGGCAGCGUUUUGUUUGUAGAGGGGCCGCGACAGCUGUUCGAGUGGCUGGGGCUACCCGCCUGGGGUAUCGUCUUUCUGGCCGACGGCGUCGGCGGCGGCGUGCAGCUGGUGGGCACCUUUAUUCCGGUUAUCGGCGCGCUGUUUCUGGUGCUCGCGUUUUUAGAGGAUUCCGGCUACAUGGCGCGGGUCGCCUUUAUUGUCGACCGCCUGCUUCGCAGUCUGGGGUUGCCUGGCAAAUCAUUUGUACCGCUGAUCGUUGGGUUUGGCUGCAAUGUCCCCGCGGUCAUGGCAACCCGGUCAUUGGAUUCUCAACCCGAUCGUAUUCUGACAACAUUGAUGGCCCCUUACAUGAGCUGUGGCGCCCGCUUGACGGUAUACGCCCUGUUUGCCGCAGCGUUUUUCCCCAGCAAUGGCCAGAACAUCGUAUUUGCCCUGUACCUGAUCGGUAUCGUUGUGGCGAUAUUGAGCGCAAUGGUAGUCCGCAAACACCUUUUACCGGAACGCCGCAGCGAGUUUAUCCUGGAACUGCCCGCCUACCAUUUACCUGUGCUGCGCAACAUUCUGCUGCAGACCUGGCAACGUUUAAAAGGGUUUGUGGUACGCGCAGGUAAAGCUAUUGUGCUGGUGGUCAUUGCCCUCAACGUGCUCAGCUCCAUCGGUACCGACGGCAGCGUUGGCAACGAAGAUUCGGAGAGCUCAGUGCUCUCAGCGAUCGGCAAAACCAUUACCCCGGUGUUUAAACCCAUGGGUAUCGAAGCAGAUAACUGGCCUGCCACUGUUGGCAUUUUCACCGGUAUUUUUGCUAAAGAAGUUGUGGUCGGCACGUUGGAUGCUUUGUAUGCGCCGACAAGCCAGCACGAAGACAACAGCUUGACCGACAUGCUCAGUCAAGCUGUGGCGAGCGUACCGGCCAACCUCAGUGAAAUUGCAGGCCAGCUGACAGACCCACUGGGCCUGGACCUAGGCAACCUGGAAGAUACCGCAUUACAGGCUGAGGCCCAGGAAGUGCAGAUCAACACCAUCAGCGCCAUGCAGAGUCUGUUUAACGGGCAGCUCGGUGCGUUUGCUUACCUGCUGUUCAUCCUUCUUUACAUGCCCUGUGUUGCGACCAUUGGCGUGAUCUACAAAGAGUUGGGGUCUUUCUGGGCCACGUUUUCUGUCGCCUGGUCAUUUGUGGUGGCUUACGGUGCUGCGGUGAUUGUGUAUCAGAUCGGCACUUUCUCAGACGACCCUACCAGCGCCACGCUGUGGCUGGCCGGCGUCAGCCUCGCCGCCACGGCUUUUUUCGCCAGCCUCAUCGCCUGGGGCAAACGCAGACCUGAUGCUAAUCUCAUCCCCCUGAAGAUACUGGAAGACUGA